AAUAAUCACGUACAUUUCGAUUGAAAUUUUAAUUUACUGAUAUUUUGUUAAGUUCUAAUUUAAAAUACGUAGUUACCAUUAGUAUUAAGUUUAAUAAGUGUAACAAACCAUGGCAGAAGCUGAUAAGAUGUGUGAUAGCGACAAAAGUGGAAAUUACGUAUUGCAACGUGGUUAUCUAAAAGCCACGAUUACACGUUUAUAUAAAGACGUGCAAGAUGGAAACUUAGAUACCCAGUCGUCUCAUGCCUAUCAACUGGAACGGGACGCGAAGGAGGACCCAACGGUGACUCAAUUUCUGGGCUUCUUGGAAAAGCGUGCAUUAGCUAUGGAGAAUGCAGGCUCCCCAUCAACUACAACAAAGGCGAUCAACGCGGUGACGAGGGAGAAGCGAGGAUGCAUUUACUGUGCUGCUUCCGGCGGAGGUGAGCAGCAAGACGCCGAGCUUUGCUGCCUGCGCUCACUGCGCGGCCCCGCCGCCGCGCACGCAGUCAGCGCGUCUCCUGCCGCCGUCGUCUGAGCAGACCAGCGCGUCGCAGCCAAGCCAGAGGAAGGAGGGCGUACCUUGUAUACUUAAUACACAAUUUGGUCAUAUUAUUGGAGGCUGUUUGCCUCACCAAUCUGAGGUAACGAAUGUUGUUUCACUUUUAUGCACAAAAUGUUCUUCUGAUGUAGAGACAUCUAUCGCAAGGUUUUGGGAUAGCGAAAAAGUGCCAGAGAUCUUUACUGAAACACAAUCUGAGCAUGAUAUGGUAGAAAAGCAUUUUCAAAAAACUGUAAAAUUGGAGAAUGAUAGGUUUACAGUAGAUUUACCUUUGAAAGUGCCGAUACAUGACAUUAAUGCGACUCUAGGGGAUUCCUUUGAUUUGGCGCUAUACCGAUUUUUAAAUCUUGAAAAGAAGCUUCAUAAAAAUAUUAAUUUGUUGACAGAGUACCAAAACUUCAUCCACCAAUAUGUGGAAUUGGGCCAUGCACAUUUUGUGGAUUUUAAAUCAUUAAAUUUUAACACAGAUCCACUCUACUUCCUUCCCCACCACGCGGUAAUCAAUGAAAGUAGUAAAACAACACGAACUCGCGUUGUAUUCGAUGGAUCUAUGAAAACGAAAAAGAAGGUUUCUCUCAAUGAUAUCUUACUCAAUGGUGGAGUGGUACAGAGGGAUCUUUUUGAAAUAAUUUUAUUAUACAGAAUUGGAGAUUUUACGUUCAACACGGAUAUCAAAAAGAUGUUUAGAAACAUUCUAGUCAACCCUGAGCAUGCAUCAUUGCAGAACAUCUUAUGGCGUGAUCAACCUAAUCAGCCUAUUAACAUUAUUCGGCUAGAUACCGUUACAUACGGCCUAAAAACCUCGAGUUACCUCGCCACACGAUGUCUGCUUGAACUAGCGAACUUGCACGAAACCAGCUUUCCUUUAGCUUCAUUUAUCAUUAAGAACUGUGUGUAUGUUGAUGACAUUUUGUAUUCAAGUUCAAAUUUAUUCAUUUUAUUGGAAGCGAAGGCACAGCUUGCAGGUUUGCUUAGUUUGGGUGGCUUCGAAAUGCAUAAAUGGUCGUCUAAUUGCGAAACUAUUUUGGCUGACAUACCCAUGGAAAAAAGACAGGUA